GCAUUGUGCAAUUGCAUUGCACGUCGCGAAUUUCGGCCGACAUUCGUGACGAGAUUGUUAGCGGGAUGGAAAUUGAAAAGAAAAAGGCGUAAAGAACAAAUUCUACGAUGCGUCGCACGGCGAUUGGCCCCGGAAUACUAACGACGUCGGUAUUACUUUAUGGUAUUGUUACGCUUUCGUAUUACGACACGAUCUAACGUAUCGUUGCGCACACAUAUUCGCCGUGUGUUACGCAAUUUUUUAUAUAUUUGCUUGAGCAUCUAUCCAAUCGAUUAUGUUAUAUUAGAACAUAGUAUAUUAUCGCAAUAAAAUUGAACGGAACAUGCGUAUUUGAUCGCAAGCUAACGCGGAGAAUUCUAAUAAUCAACACGAAAUAAUCACACUAUUUGUUUCAUUAUACUACUUUAUAUUAUCACUAAUUUUUAUAUCCACGUUUUUUCUUUAUCAAAUGAUGUAGCGCCCGCAAUUUCUCGAUUUGAUGUAAAAUUUAGUCGGUAAUAUUUUUUUUGAGACCUCCUGUGUGUGCUUUAACUUUUUUUCCGAGAAUAUAAUUAAAGUCUGAACUAUUUCAAAUUCAAAUAUGUCGCGACGUACAUCUUACUAGUAUCUUAACUAUAUGCUUAUUUAAUAUAUGCUGAUUAUGUGUAAGGGAAACUACUAAACCUGCUUAAUUAUUCACCACAUAAUCUGGUAUUUCGUAACGUAAUCGAGUAGAAUUUGUGAAUUUUGGCAGUCGCUGCGCGGCAAAGUGGAUGUCACUUUCUUGAUAACCGGCAAAGUGGGAGUCGGUAUAAAGAGAGGAUAUAUUCCGUGGCGAUAGUCAGUGGGUUCUCAGUGAGAGUGCCGUGAUCAUUUCACCGUUCUACCGUGAAAGUCAAAUAUGAAGCUGGCGGAACUCUUGAUAGUAACGUGUUGCUCGAUAAUCGUCGCACGAUCGGAAACCUCGAAUACCGAUCAGGAGUUGCUGAAGAGAGCGUCGGAACAGCUCGAGCGGUUAGCGCCGUAUCGAAAAAGCGCUGAACAAGAAGCGCUGGAUCUCGUGAACCUCUUGGAGGCCUGGAGACCGGUGGGUCAAGACGUCUCAAGCGAGAGGAAGAUCGACGGGGACCAGAGGGUACCUUGGGAGUUACUCGAGAUUCUGCCCGAACAGACAGAGUCAAGCGAGGCAGUGAAGCGAGCAGACGAGAAGAAGCGCAUAACGAUCGACAUCAUCGCCGAUCCCAAGUACGCCGCGAUGAUGCAGGAGAGGAUAAAGCGCGGCUUCAACCAUGGAUCCGCCAGUCUCCUCACCAGCAUAGCGGGUGGUGUCCUGAGCGGCGUCGCGAGCGCAUCGAGCGGCUCUGCGGCGAAAGCAUCGGCGAGCAGCAGCCAACCCGAUCACAAACCGGCUUACAGCGCAUCUCCGGUUUAUUCGUAUGAAGAGAAGCCCUUCGGUGCUUGGGACUUCAAGAAGACGAUUUUUAGCACAGUGUUUCAAGCUCUCAAGGCGAUAAGCGGCGGCGUGCUGGCGUUGAAGGGACAGCUGGUUAAGGGCGGUGGUUACUUGCUCGCAGCUAAGGGCAAAGUUAUCAGUAAAACCGGGGACGUUAUCACGUCCUUUGGUAAACAACUCACGAGUAGUGUGGCAACCUAUCCAGCGUCCUAUCCGCCGGACACGUACACGUACGAGCAACAUCCGCCAGUUGAAGACAUAGGAUACAAUUCCAAUUACCAAGGAUUACCGCCGGGUCCUGACGGAUAUUCUGAAGCAAACGAUUAUUCUCCACACUCGACGUACAGCGGGCCAUCAGAUGACAAUAAUCAGGGCGGCCUGCUGAUCGUGACGCCGACGAAAUCUGACCUGGACGAGCACAGCGACCAGCACGCGAACAUAGCGGAAGUGAAGCCGGACCCUGCGAAGUUAGAGGAAAGUUUCGGCGGUCCGGUCAAGGCCAUCAAAGACUUCUUGAUCAGCGUGCCGAACGGCAGCGGUGGUGUCAGUGACACGACGGAUCACCAAGCUGUCGUUGCUCAAGACGAUCAUGACAACAACAUCAACGUGAACUCUUACGCAAACUCUCCUAUCGCGCAUCCAGCACCAAUCUAUGGAGCGCCCGAACAUUAUUCCUCGCAUCUUGACAAACCGACGCAGACCUACCCUGAGAACUACCCUGCGGUCGAUCAGGAAAACUUUUAUCAUCAUCAUCAUCCCCCGGAACCAGCGGCACCGCUGAUCCCAUCGUCGCAUCAUUUCCCGAAUCUGGCCGACCCUCAUCUGUCCAUUCAUCAGAGCGUGGAGUAUCCACCGUUGCAUGUGCAACAGCUCGAUUACCCACACGUUGGCCCACACGAUGGCCCGCACGGAGCAUUGACGAAUCCAUUGUUAGAGCCGGUGCCCAAGUUACCUCUCCAUGACGACGGUGGCACGUCGGUCUAUGCCAGUAUUACCGUGGACACUGAACCGCAAGUCGCGCCCUUGAAAGUGCCCCUGCUGGGCUACCCUGGCGCCUUGAACGACUUGCCCAAGUUGCAAUCGCACGUGGAUUUCCACGGGCAAUCGCAGUUCGCGAAUCUUCACAACAGCUUGGAUGGCCCACUAAGGAUACAGCUUUUGAACCCGUUGUCGGCGGAUCAUUGGCAGGGUCAAGACCCGUUCGCGCCGGCGUCAGCCUUCGGCACGCUGAAACCCUUUCAUAAGAGGAACAUCCUGCAGAGACGAAUGUUAGCCAGCCGACGCGCGCGUUACGCGUCGUUGCAGGCGACAAGACUCCAUCGGCUGUAACGUCAGGUAACGCGUCGGUAGGCGUAUAUAUAAAUAAAAAGAGAGGAAACGGCGUUUCUUCGAAAGUUUUACGAUAUUUAUUAUGAGACAGAUAUCCGGAUACCUCGGGCCGGAAUUGUAUCGGAUAUUUAUCGAAUAUUCAAAACGUGAUGAAGUGAAGAGAUGAGAUGAACGCGAUAUAUCAUCACGGGAAUCAUCAGGUAUCGUUUCAACUAUUCGUGGUUGAGAAGCGCAAAAUAUUUGUGCGGAUUAUAGAAUAUUUGUAAGUCUGCAUUGUGUGUGAGUGUAGGAGUAUACCUGAACACUUUCAUUUCAUUCCAAUAUACGAGAUUGUUUGUCCGAGCUAAAUUAAAAAAAUAACAUCCCGCAAUGUUUUGUUUUUUCUUCUUUUUUUUUAAUAUUCGUUGCAUGUUUCAAGAAAUAUUAACGUAUACUUUAAUAUGUGCACGCACGCUCUUUCUGUUACAGUAGUCUACGCGUUCGCGUACUAUCCACACUCGGCCAAAUACAAACUACCGUAUCCUUAUUACGGGCGAUAAAGACUUCUGGUACAGGCAAUCGCGGGUAUAGUGCGUUACACAAGGCAGGGUAGUUCAUCAGUGAGAGAAUGAGAUCUAUCGGAUUCGAUGUUUGGAAGACGAAAAAACAUUCGGAGUUCGAGAAGUACCCGCGCAUCAUUGAAAGCUAUGUUAUAUCAGCUGCCCAAAAAUUUCUCGAAAAUUUCUCCAUUGAAAGGAAAAAAAACUCCUAUUUUCACACCUUGGGAUGUUUUGUAUAUAUUUCAACUCGCUGACAGAAUUAUAAUGCUCAUUCUGUGAGCAAUUAUGAGACACUCGUGGAUCCAGAAAUCAACCAAACCGUAUGACGAUAAAUAAUUUCUUGUCACUUAUGUAGGAUAAUUAUUGCGAGUAUAUAUAAUUUAAUUUUGUGAUAAAGACUCUCGUUGUUAUAUUUUCGCUCGUGGCGGAUUCGAACGUAAGUCCCAAACAAAAGUUGUAGUGUUGCCUGUAAAGGACUUACAGCCAUUAAGAGAAGGGCUUUUCUGUUAUCUAUGUGUUAUAGUUUCUUUAAGUAAAUAGAUAUAAAAUCUUA